AUGACGUCGGGCUGUGACGUUCGAGUGCAUCGUCAAACCACCACAUCAUCCACGCCAUGGAGAAAAAAGGCUGCAAAGGGCAACAAAGUUCAAUCAACAACGAGAGAGCAUGAGCGUUUCCUGCGAGCUCUGCAAGCGCAACUAGGAACUCCAGCUCUCUGUUCGUGUGCUAAGACCGGGUCGGCGCAGCCGUGUGCUAACAAUUGCGCGCUGUACAAGCAGCCUAAAAAGCGUGAAAAACUCCUCACUAGUGUGUACAAACAGCAACAGCAAGACGUUACCACCGCUGCUGGUUCUCCGAUCCGCUAG